AUAGUGCCCAUCACUAGCUCAAAGUGGUUUGUAAAUUUGUGGCAUGGUGUGACAUCGUGUACUGUACUGCAGUCUCUAAAAACCGAAGAAGAAAACGUGGCGAUAUACACAGAAAGUCUGUGAAAUGAUCAGGACUCGAAUUUAAAACUCGAACGAUUAGUUAAUUAGAAUGACAACUAAUGAAGGAUCUGUGGACAAUAGCCUGUUGAAAAGGCUUGUCAAGGAUGACGAAAAGAAGGUUGUGAAUUGCCGAAGCAGCACGGACAACAUUGAAGGACACAAAUUGCGACAUGGCACAGACAGUUUCCCAAAUAUCAAUGAAAGGCCGGUUGACGAUAUCUCGAUCGAAUUCUUUUAUAAACCGCACAGCAUUACGCUGCUUCUCAUCUCGAUAGGUGCUGUGAUAUACUUUGCAUUCACUAGGGAUACUAAUAACGUGGAGGACAACAUUUGGACUGGAAUACUUUGCAUCAUAUUUUUUUUUCUCAUCAUAUCAAUACUUACAUUUCCAAAUGGACCAUUUACAAGACCUCAUCCAGUCGUCUGGAGACUUGUAUUUGGUUGUAGCGUACUUUACCUAAUGGGCCUACUGUUUCUACUGUUUCAAGAUUACAAUACAGUCAGAAAGAUCUUUGUUUGGAUAGAUCCAAGCUUGGAAUCAUUUCACAUUGACAUGGACAAAGAAUAUGGUGUUAACUGUUCAGAAAUUACAAUCGAGAAGAUAUGGAACCAUUUAGAUGUCUUCGCACUCGCCCAUUUCUUAGGAUGGACCUUCAAAGCAAUAUUAAUUCGUCAUCUUGGUAUUCUUUGGGCCAUUAGCGUUAUGUGGGAAGUAACAGAAAUAGCAUUUGCUCACUUACUACCAAAUUUUAUUGAAUGCUGGUGGGACGCUUUUAUACUUGACGUAGUUGUAUGCAAUGGCUUGGGUAUUUGGGUUGGAUUGAAAAUUUGUUCCCUCUUGGAAAUGAGGGAAUACAAAUGGGUAAGCAUUUUUGACAUUGAGAGCACCACUGGCAAAUUGAAAAGAGCAAUGCUGCAAUUCACUCCCGGCAGUUGGACUGCUGUUAGAUGGUUGGACCCAACCUGUACAUAUAUGAGAUUCGUUGCUCUGUGUCAGUUAGUCAUAUUCUGGCAGGUUUCAGAGCUGAACACAUUUUUCUUGAAACAUGUGUACGAAUUCCCACCCUCUCACCCAUUUGUUGUGACAAGACUGAUAUUGGUUGGAGUAAUCGUUGCACCUUCUGUUAGGCAAUACUACAUGUAUGCAACAGAUCCGACAUGUAGUAGAGUAGGGACACAGUGUUGGGUCUAUGGUGCCAUUAUGGUUACGGAGGCAUUGCUUUGUAUAAAGCACGGUGCUGCUCUGUUUGAACGUACUCAGGCAUUAAACAUUCUUCUGUGGCUACUUUGCCAGUCUCUAGUCUCGGUUCUUUGCGUUUAUGGCUGUGUAUUAUGGCACCGGUACUUCGAGACGGAAAAGAAACCUACUACAAAACAAUCUAUCAUACAGCUAGGCAGCAACCAACUGGAUAUGACUCAUAGCAGUGGAGACAUGGUCUACACUACAAAAUCUAUGGACAUCUUGGAGAAGAAGCAGUCGUGAACAAGCUCACAACGAGAAAUGACCGAUUUACAAGUAAACUUAUUUACACCAGGGAUAGGCAAUUCGUACUCUUAUAAAAGUUCGAGAGUAGGCAUUAGGAAGCUCGUGAUUAGAUAGCGAAUGCUAUUGAGAGCCUCCUUUUCUCCGUUGCGUUCGAUCCACAGAAUUGACGCUCUCUUUCGAACCUUUCCAAUUUCCGUAUCUCUAACGUUCCCACCGUAGCUCCUGAACAAAAUUCUUGAUCGAAAGCAAUCGAAUUGCCCAUCCCAGAUUUAUACUAUCAAAUUUUCUAGUCGUAUUACAUAAGAUCAUACAGAGUAGAAUAUUCGAAUUUAAAAAAAUUAAUGAAUGCAUGAUGUUUGCAUAUUGCGGUUGUCUGGACGUGAACGUUUAGAAAAAAUAAUAUUGUUCCUGAGAAUAAAUGAAGAGCGUCGUUACCACUUAA